AUGUCAUCUAAUGAUAUAACAAACGGAUAUAUAUACGACUUGGACGAAGGUCUUUUGCACUCACUAAAAUUACUAUCGUUCGAUAUAACAACUUUUGAAACUGUUGAAUCAAAAAAUGAGUCCACAAUUAGUCCUAAGGUGACUCCGAAAACAAUCGAUUAUUACAAAUCAGACCUACACAGAUACAAUUUGAAAAGAGCUCAGCGAAAUCUACCUCCUAUCAAUGAAGAAGAAUUUGAGAAUAUAUUAGAAACGCAAUCAAUUGAGAGCCUUUCUGGCUCAGAAGAAGAAUCAGACGACAAUUUAGAGGAUGAAACAGAUAAUAAUCAACAAGAACUCAAAGUAGACUCUUUGAUCAAAAACUUGGAAAAAAUGGAAAUUAAAGAGAACGAGUCCUAUAAAUCGCAUCUUAACACCAGAAGCCCGUUUCUUUUAUUUGCCUCAUCAAUGAUUACAAAUGAAUCAGCUAUUGGAGUUUAUAAAAUAACUUUUAAUGAAGAUAACAUCAAUGAUCCUUUAAAUACUUUACAAAAUAGUCAACGAAUCAACAAUGCAAAGUCAGCAAUUUUUAUGAUUGGCGGGGGCCAUUUUGCUGGAGCAAUAAUUUCACAUGAGAGAAAACCUAAUUCAACGAAAGCUUCCAAAUUGGAUCGAGUAAAUUUAAUCGAAUCAAAAACAUUUCAUAGAUAUACCACGAGAAGAAAACAAGGUGGAGCACAAAGUGCGAGUGAUAAGACUCGAGGUAAAGCAAUUUCAACUGGUUCUAGUAUUAGAAGAUACAAUGAAAAGGCAUUGAUGGAGGAGGUAAGAGAGUUAUUAUCUAGAUGGGCUCAACUUUUAAAUGAAUGUGAAGCAAUAUAUAUAAGAGCAAAUGGACCAACAAAUAAGAAAGUUUUGAUUGGUUACGAAAAUUCUCCACUUCGAGCAGAUGAUAAAAGAAUUCACAAAAUUCCAUUUUCAACGCAACGGGCUAGUUUGUCAGAAGUGAAAAGAAGUUGGGUGGAAUUGACACAUUUGAAAGUUGUUGAAAUACCGAAGGUGGUAGUAGCCUCAGAGAAUGAAACGAAACAGAAAGAAAUUGGGGAAAAGACGGAACGAUCUAAAGAAGAUAAAAGGUCAAACGAUAUAUCAAAUGAAAUCAUGCCUCAUUUCAAAAAACAGAAGGCUCCAAAAUUUUUGAAAUGGGUCAGUGACAACAGUAUUGACGUGAACACAUUUCAAAUCAAUUCCGAUGAAAGUUUGAAUAACACACCAACGUUUUUGCAUUACGCGUCAUCUCAUGGUUUGAGUCAUAUGAUACAUGUAUUACUAGUGAACUUAAAAGCAUCACCAUUGGUAAAAAACUACGCGGGAAGAUAUCCGGCUGAAGUAGGAACCCCGGCAUCAAAAAAAGCAUUCCAAAUUGCGAGAUUUAACUUAGGAGAAGAGUUUUGUGAUUGGGAAGAAGCUAAGGUUGGUAUUCCGAAAUCCAAAGAGCAAUUUGAAGAGGAAGAUAGGAUUAUCGAAGACGCAGCAAGAGCUGAAAAGAAAAAUCUUUUGAGAUCUCAGAUAGAUGCUAAAACUACAACUAACACUGCUCAAUCUCAGAUGAAUUUAGACCGAAAUUUUGCUGGUUUGAGUGAUGAUCAGAAAACCAAAAUUAUGAGAGAACAGAGAGCCAGAGCCGCGGAAGCUAGAAUGAAACAGAAGUGUAUAACUUAA